AGCAAAAAGCAAACGGUGUUUUGGAUAUUCAUUUGUGUUUUGAGCACCAAUUUUUAUGGUUUAAGCAAAUUGAAGAUUCAAUGUAAGAAUCGUGUUAUUGUUCAAAAUCAGCUGAAGGCUUCAUUAUAUAAAGUACUUGUCAAAAGCUAAACCGUAACCGAAGCGUUUUUGAGUUUUGUCUUGUAAGAUUUUUUGCUAAAUCAACUUUUUUUAACUAAAAAACCUAAUUAGAAAAAAUGACAUUACAAAGGCCUCAAAGCAGUCCGAGCCAUUUGAGCCGAAAACCGGUUAAAGAGCUCGGAAAUUUUGUUCCUGCGGCCGAGCUAUUCGCCCAGUCACGAAAGAAUCGUAGACCCGAGACGGCAAGUGGCGAUCCAAACCGAGCGCCAGUUAGAACUUCGGGUUCACCGAGAGCAAAACGAUUACAGCCGAAGCGAGCUCCUUCUCCAAAUAAAAGUCCGACAAAUUUGCCGCCUCGUAGCGGCGCCAGUUCAAGGACAGACAUGGUUCAGAUGGGACCUGGUUUGUUCAUAUCUAAGUCGCAGGAUCGAAUCUCGGUGACGCUCAAAACUGAUUUUUCAGAGUUGGAACAACUUCCUGUGCGGAAAACUCCGGUAGAAAAUUUGAAAGAUAAAGUUCAAGAAUUAGAAGAAGAAAUUGUUCGUCUAGAAAAUCAGAUUGAGAACUUGACGGUGGCCUUAGAGGAGGAGAAAGUCACGCACCAAAUUACGAGGAAAACUUCAGCCGAUGAACUGCAUUUUCAACUUCAGCAAUUAAAAGAGAGCCACAUGGACUCGCUUCGAGACCUGAAGAGGGAGUUGAGCUACCAGUUGGACGAGCAGAAGAGAAGAAGUCAGUACGAGAUGGAGAAGACAGAACAGCAGUUCUACAAUGCUCUGGAUCAGAAACAGACUCAGUUGGACAUGGUUGAAGCAGCAUUUGAGACGUACAAACAAAACAUCGCAGCCGAAGUUGCAGAGAAAAUCAAAAAACUCGAAGCCAAACUGAAAGCUGAAUUUCUAGAAGAAAAAACAAAUUCUCUGAACGCACUCAAAGAAAAAAUGCAAACCGACCACGAAAGUGAAAUCGAAAAACUUCACACAAAGUACAAAAUGGAGUUUAAACUAAUGGUUCAAGAAAAAGACCGGGAGAAAGCAGAACUUCUGAGAAAUUUCACAGAAGCAACCCAAGAUUUGGCCAAAUUCAGAAGUGCCUUGGAAGAGCUCGACACUUUGAGAGCGCAGUUUGAAAAUGCGAAAAUCGAAAUCAGAGCUCUAAAGAAAGAAACUCAAAAUAAAAGCGCCGAAAUCAGAAGCUUGAAGUUUCAAAUCGCUGACUUUGAAGCAAACUUUGCCAAGAAAGUCGAGCAAGUCGAGGAGAAAUUUUGGGUUCGGGCCGAGGGCAUGAUGAGCGAAAACACCGAGUUGAAACGAAGAUACAAUGAAAAGUGCAACGAACUGUUUGCCGAACGAGCUUCGCAAAUAAGUUCAACUUACGAGAGAGGCACGAGCGCCGCCGAAACCAUGGCAACAUUGGUCGGCGCCCGACUCAAAGCCGGAGUUCAAGUCAAUGCAUCAAAUCUGUCGCUAGAUGGCGUAGUGCGUGAAGAAUAUUCUAGACCUUUGUCCGCACCGCUGACGUCACGAGAAGAUGAAUAUGCUCAACGUUGCGUAGGAGUUCACAAAACGGAAAGUCAAUUUUUAGAAGAUGUUUUUGAUACUGGGCUUGAAAGGUCUCUUUCGACUGACAAACUGCUAUUUAUGGGCGAUACAACUAAUGUUAGUUUUAGGCGAAGACCAAAAACUGCAAGACCUGUAAAAUCAAAAAGAGAAAGAUCAAAACUAGUUACGAGGCCUAAAAGCUCAUAUGCAACCAUGUAAACUCACACUUCAAGUGAAAAAUUUAAUUUUCAGUAAUAGU